AACGACAGGCGCACCAACCCUUGAUAACUGUUUUCCAAAAUGAUCAACAACUGGAAAAUUUUGACAGUCGCCGCCAAAAUACGGCCAGCUGUGAGAUUUUUAAAGAUAAUUAAUAACGAAGCAGAAAUAGAGAGCCGACAACCUAAAUUGCAUCCUAUGAUGGCUUUGUGGGAAUCUGAAAAGUAUAAAUUUCUCGACAUGUCAGUCGAGAAUAAAAGGAACUUUUAUGAAUGCAAAACAAACUAUUUCACUCUUGACGAUGUCAUCACUUGGAAGGACCAUUUUAACCAAAACAGGGAAAGAAUACAUGAUCUGACCCCCUUAGAUUUAGAUUUUGAUAUAGGUUUGAUGAAUGCAAGUCUUGAUCAAAAAUUGUGUAACAAGGUAUCAGUGUGGCAUGGGGACAUCACGACACUUGAGAUUGAUGCUAUUGUUAAUGCUGCUAAUGAACGUUUGCUCGGAGGAGGUGGUGUCGAUGGUGUUAUUCACAGAGCUGCAGGCCCCAACUUAAAGAUUGAAUGCAGAACACUCAACGGCUGUCAAACUGGCAAAGCUAAAACGACUGGUGGCUAUAAAUUACCAGCAAAGUAUAUUAUUCACACAGUGGGGCCAGUAGGAGAAAAACCAGACCUCUUAAAAUCAUGUUAUAAAAGUUGUUUCGAAGAAAUGCAAGCUAAGCAGUUACGUUCAAUUGCAUUCCCAUGUAUUUCUACUGGAAUCUACCGAUACCCUGAUGUUGCUGCAGCUAGAAUUGCCUGCAGAUUGUCCAGAGAGUUUUUAGAAAAGAAUGAGCAACUUGUUGAUCGUAUCAUAUUUUGUGUUUUCUUAGAAAAAGAUCUUAUAAUCUAUGAGAAGAUGCUUCAGAUCUACUUUCCGGUAAGGGGCCUUUAAAGAUUUUGUUUUGAGUUGUGAAAUGUUUGUUUUUAUAUGAAUUUUAUAGUUAUAAAUGUAAUGGAAGGACUGUAAUUAAG